AUGAACGACCAGGGGUUCGUUUUUAGUGGGCCGGAUUUCGAGAAGAAUGGUACAAUGCUAGUCGUGUAUCCUACCAAAGUUUACAAUAUCCCCCUUGGCACGGGCGACCAUGUCCCAGGCGACGUCGGCCAUGGCGCCCCUGGCGUCGGCGUAGGUGGCGGCCUGUUCGCUGCUGGCCUGCCGGACGGCGACGCGGGCGGCGAUGCCCUGGGCGACGGCGGCGCCGCGGAACACGUUGAAGGCCUGCGCCCAGCGGAGCUCGGGCUCCAUGCUGGCGGGCGUCGGCCACCAGUCCCGAAACGCCUGGCGGUAGAGCUCGGCGGCCUCCUCGCGCGUCGGGAGGCCCGGCGUCGCGCCCGGUCGGAAGCCCGCGUUCGACGGCAGCGCCUUGGGAUCACCCUGCCCUGCUGCUGUCCCGGCUGGCUGCUCGGCCGUUACCGUCACGCGAUCCCUCGGGCGAAGCUUCUCGUCGCUGAAGAAGCUUACCAGGUCCUCGUAGUGCGGCAGGUGUCCGACGGCCACGCCGGUCUCGACGUCCUUGACGGCGGCCUGGGCUGUGCAGAUGCUGGUCCAGGUGCGCAGCUGCCUGGCGAAGAAGCCGCCGUGCUUGCCAAAAUCGGCCAGGCCGAGGUCGGCGAACUGCACGGCGUGCAGGGCAGCGAGGGUGCGGACGGCGUCGGCCCACAUGGCGCGGCGGUCGGCGGCGUCGAGGCCGGGCAGGGCCGGGUCGGCAAAGAUGCGGCCGUCGAGGAACUCCAUGACGUAAAAUGGCGUGCCGAUCACGGCGGCGUCCUCGCAGAGGCAGUAGGGCCUAGGCACGGGCAGGCGGCCGUGCAGGGCGGCGAUGAUGCGGUGCUCGCGCUCGACCUGGUGCGCCGUCCGCGACACCAGCUUCCCCGGCGGCUUCUUGCGCAUCACGUACCGACGCCCCGUCCGGUCCGUCAGCUGGUACGUCGGGUUCGACUGCCCGUACCCGAACUGCUUCACCUCGAGCGGCGUCUGGAUCUCGGGCACGUUGGCCCCCAGCGAGUGCCUGUCUACGAUUCAAGGUACCAUGCUGUAUAG